AUGAAGCGACCUGAUUGUGAAUAUUCUGAUUCUGGAUAUGUUUCUCUUUGGUCACAUGAAAUUAGACAAGCCGAUGUAGUUGACCGAGGAUUUCACGGGGAUGCUAAACGACUGUCUAGAGAAGCUGCCUCUUUUCAGCUAUUUUACGGAUUACUCUCACUGUAUUACAGUCAAAAUUUUCAUUGUGAACCUGUGACAGCACACCGGGUUGUGAUGGACGAACUCAUUGGAAUGUUGGAUCCCCUAGGUCAUGUGGAAUUUGUCUGCAAAACAUAUGUGAACCUCGAUCGACAAGACAGUUGUAUUAGUCUCACGCGUUGGCCAAAUGGAGAUUUCGCUGUCUGGUUCAGUGAAAGACUUGUGUUGCUCCGACCGAACGCGGAGAAUGUCAACUUACCUAUAAUGUGCUUACACAAUCCUCGCAGUUCAAAGCCUAUUCGUGGCACACCUGAUAUGGCUGAGGUCAUAGGAAGUUUUCGGAUACCAAGGCGGAUAUCCGUGGUGGUUCCACAUCCCAUUUGUCCUGGCUAUGCUUUGUCCCUGUUCCAAAUGUCUUUCUCGACCUGUCCGAGUUUGUCAUUUAUGUUCGAAUCUCACCGCGACCCACUGUUUGUUGGAGUGUUCACAUUUGCACAACUUUUGGGCUGGAAUGAUUCAGAGUCAGUGGCGUUUCCCACCUACUAUUGCUCACUUCAAACCGUCAGAUUUGCUAGUUUAUUAUAUCCGGGCCCAAAGACACCAGUGCUUGCCUUUACAGUGGAUAGAGAAUCGAGGAUUUAUCUUCUGGCUCCUUGGAGACCUGUGAUGUCUUAUGGAGAUUUCAAUGAACCCGAAUUUCGGUCGGCCAAAGACAACUGUCCGGACUCUGAAUACGCAGUGCUUUGCCUCCAAAUCGAUGAAUCCUCCACAGAAAUGGUGGAUUUGCACUCCAUUCCAACUGUAUUAUGGUGGGCACCAUUGUGUGAAAACUUCAGCCGAUACGACACUCGAGUCGAUUUGAUGCCACGACCAGACCAAACAAAUGUGUACUGGUGUCAACCGGAUGAACCCACACACAUUAUUCGGGUCCAUUUGGAUACUCCCCACCAACUCUCAAGUUCUAAGGUUAUUGCUAGCUACUACGAGAUUCCAAAUCCACUCGGAGCUGACGAACUGAUUUCAUUCCGAUGUGUUGAACGCGACACAACCGAUGAUCUGAUUCUUGCUGAACGCUCUCCAGAUGGAGGGAUUCUCAUCAUAAUGUUUCGUAUACCACUCCGAAUGUGCCAGCGUCGAGACAGAUCGUAUCCACUAUAUGCUUUCAAGAUUCCAACAGCUCAGGUGGCCCGCUCACCACAAACGGUGGCAUCAAGUAGCUAUGGGGAUUUUAUUUAUGCUACAGACGCUGAGGGAUAUGGAGCUGUGUUUAGGCUAGAUUCACAGGAAUUUCAACCGCUAGAUAAUGAAACCGUUGCUGUUGAUUUCGUGCCCGAUGGAAAACAUCCCCAAACUGAUUUCGAAGCUGCAACAUACUGGGAAAUUGUUUCGGUGUUGCUGGCAAACUUGGCUGCGUUUCAUCAGCGUCAAAGCAUUCAAACAGAGUGUGAACAAACCGAAUUCCCUCCCCUAAUGGAACAGGUUCCUCCACUGCCUAUCACAAGAAUAGCCGUCCAAACAGCAUCGCUGCAACACCACUGGCAGGUUCUAUCUCAAAAGAUGGAUCAGGUGGAUAUCCCGAUGGAGUUGCGACAAUUAUACCGGAAAAUUAGCGAUACCAUCGGCUCUUGGUUGGACGUUGAGCAACUUGGUUCAAAAAGCCCCUCAGCAGGUAAAAAGCUGCCAUGUGUCAAAAAUGCACAUCCCUCUGUUUGGAACUGCAGACCGGAAAACAUCCCGAUUAAUUGUGCCAAGCUGAAACUUGACCGAGAUCAGACAGAAGCGAAAUACGCCAAAAUCUUCAAAGGAAUUCCACGGAUAUCAACAAUUUACGCUGAACACUUUGGCGGGUUUGGGGCCUCCGUUCACGACUUUCGCGAGCCCAAUGGUCUUGCCAUUCUUCCCGAAGGUGUCAUCGCUGUUGCUGAUGGUAACGCUGAGAUGAUCAAGGGAAUUCCACGGAUAUCAACAAUUUACGCUGAACACUUUGGCGGGUUUGGGGCCUCCGUUCACGACUUUCGCGAGCCCAAUGGUCUUGCCAUUCUUCCCGAAGGUGUCAUCGCUGUUGCUGAUGGUAACGCUGAGAUGAUCAAGUUCUUCUCACAAACCGGCCGCUUCCUUCAUUGUUGGAAGAUCACUACUUCCGGGUCAAGUACUGCUUAUCCCAAUUGCAUAGCGGUUCGCCCCCGAGAGGUCACCUCCCCAAAAUCAAACGUCUAUACAUCGACUCCUUUGGCUCAAGCCUAUACGCACUCCAAGAGAGCCGAAUAUCCUGCGACAUCUCUCUUCCAGGAUUCCUUCGACUAUCCUGCAACAGAAAGUAGUGUCGUCGAGACAAAUGAGACUGGUCUUGUAGUGGUUUUACGCAAACCGUCUCCUUCCAUACAGGUUUAUGGACUGGAUGGACGAAAGCUACGGGAAUUCGCACAUGACCUCCUUUCUCCGAAGUGCGUGACCAUUGACAGAGAUGGCCGGAUCAUUGUUGUGGAAAGUCACAUCAUGCGAGUUGGCCUCUAUACGUGGACCGGCAUGAUGCAAUCACGCUUUCAAGUCGACCUCGACUUCCCGACCGCCGUUGCUGUGGAUUCCAACUACCGAAUCUACAUCACAGACAACCUUAACCACUGUGUAAUGCUGUACAACUACCUUGGAGAAAACCUGGGAUCCAUUGGAAUUUGCGGUUUGACUAAUUAUCCGAUGGGUGUAGCCAUUCUGGCCUGUGGUACAAGCAGUGAUGUUACGCCCAACCAGGAACUCGUCGUAAUAGUGGAUAAUCACAAUCGACUGAAUAUCACCGUAUUCCGACCCAACGGCGAAUUAGUCUAUGCAAUGAGCGGUGCCGUCAAACAUGCCCAAAGCUAUGCGAUCGCGGUGGAAUACCGUCAAAGAGAAAUAAGCGCAAAGGCGAAGUCUACGAUAAAAGGGAGCAAGUUAUCGGUGCUACUGGCUAGUAAAGAUUGCUGUGUUUACCGCUACGUUCUGCCGGAUGUGAUCUUGAGGUGA